CCGAUUGGCUGGGGUCGGUUGUGGGCGGGACAGGGAGAAGCCCCCGGGUCGAGAUGCUUGGGCAGGGGGCAGACGUCAGUGGAAGCUCAAGACGUGUCUUCGGUAGUGGAAGAUUCUUCAACCAGUCAUGUCAACCGAUACAGAUGUUUCUCUGUCUUCAUAUGAUGAAGAUCAGGGAUCUAAACUUAUCCGAAAAGCUAAAGAGGCACCAUUUGUCCCGAUUGGGAUGGCAGGUUUUGCAGCAAUUGUUGCAUAUGGAUUAUACAAAUUGAAGAGCAGGGGAAAUACUAAAAUGUCCGUUCACCUGAUUCACAUGCGUGUGGCAGCCCAAGGAUUUGUUGUGGGAGCAAUGACUCUUGGUAUGGGCUAUUCCUUGUAUCGGGAAUACUGGGCAAAACCUAAACUUUAGAAGAAGAGGUGCUGUCGUGCUAUCUUGGUGUUGAUGGUAUUUGUUUUAUUUAAACACCUCAAAUUAAGGUUACACAUAUAUGCUGAAAAUAAAACAUUUGAGUAGGUUCAGAUAACAACAUGGUAUUUUGAAUAUUGGCUUCCUUUCUUUCGGGCUUGAUUUGCCUGGUGACCAAAUUAUUGGUGACAAGUUUACUAACUAGGUCAUUCAGGGAAGUCAAGUUAGCACAAAAGAAACAUGUCAUCCAAAUUCUCUUGAUAAUGGUAAAAUGUCCACAUUCUUAAAGUCUCAUGAUGAAAUUAGUUCUAAAAAGUACCCUGAAGUACUUCGAGUUGCUGCAGAAUAUCACAUUGUCUGGUUGUUAUGUGCUAUUUACCCCAAUCAAUUUUUUUCUGCCCACCUUCUAAACUUGUCUAGUGUCUUGGUGUAUAGGGCUGGUUUAGUCUCAAAGAACUCAGAAAAGUGCAUGGACUAUAACAUUGUAAUGCCUCCUACAACUGAAAAUGUGUGUGUGUGUGUGUGUAUGUGUUUAAGCUAAACCUAAAAACCUGGUAACAGCUGCUUACAAGUAGUAUUUGUUGUAGAAUCGUAUUUAUAAAUAAACAUGAGGAUAACUUAAUUAUGGAUUCUAGUUUAGUUCUGUAAGAUUCAAAAAUGUUAAACAAAAUAUAUUACCGGUGUUUUGUAUUUACGAGCAAGUUGGCUUGACCAGGCAUUAUACACAAACGUGACAUACUAUAGAAUGCUUUGUUGCACUUGUGAAAUUCUCUUGUCUGACUUUACAUUCCAUGGUGAUAACAUGGUAAACAUAUUGUUAUUAAAGUGAGUAAACCCAUCAAA